CGGCAGCGCCAGUCGGCGUCGCGCAAAAUGGCGGAGCCAUCGGCCGACGGUUCAGUAGUCGUCGCGCUCAACAACGGUGACGCGACACCUGCACCGGUGACACCGACGUCGGCAGCACCCACGACGACGAGCACGACGACAGACUCCGUCCAGAAUGACAAGGAGGAUGAUGAGGAUCCGCUCAGUGGCCUGGACAAGAGCUCUCUGCUGGCCGUGCUCAAGUUCCUCAAAAAGAACAAGCUCCAGGAGACCGAGCUGAUCCUUCGCAAAGAGGCAAAGCUCCUCAACGACGGACUCCUGCAAGACGACGCGGCGCAGACGACCACUUCUUCCGCGUCUGACGUGAGUAGCGUCCUCUCGACGUACAAGAGCGAGGGUGAUCCCGACAUAUACGAGGACAGCUACACGAGUUUCAAGCGGUUCAUAGAGUCGUCGCUCGACUCGUACCGGCACGAGUUGGCGAUGGUCCUGUAUCCGGCUUUCGUGCACAUGUAUCUGGAGCUGGUAUACAACGAGCACGAGCAGCAGGCGGUAAAGUUCAUGGAGCGGUUCGGUCCCGAGCAGGAGGAGUACUACCAGGAGGACGUUAAGAGGCUCGCAUGUCUGACCAAGAAGGAUCACAUGAAGGGUAACGAGUUCAUGGACAACUUCAGGUCGGGCCAGUUCACUGUCCGCAUGUCGCGCGACACGUACAACUUCCUCAAGCGCUACCUGCAGGACAAGAAGAACACGGUGCUGCAGAACAUCGUGCAGGAGCACCUCUACCUCGACGUGUACGAAGGGAUCGCGCGCGCCAAGGCGCAGCUGGACGCGACGGCCGGCGCUUUCCUGGGCGAGGCGGCGAGGCAAGCGAACAAGGUCAAGGUGUACUACGGCCUGCUCAAGGAGCCCGAGCUGACCAUCCCGCUGGACGAGGACGACGACGGCGGCGACGGUGACGACAAGCCGAAGAAGAAGAAGCCCAAGAAGGACACGCUCCUCUCGAAGAAGGCGCGCAACGACCCGAAUGCGCCGCCAAACAGCCGGAUCCCGCUUCCGGAGCUGCGCGACGCCGACAAGAUGGACAAGGUAACCGCCAUGAAGGAGGCUCUCAAGCGGGUUCGGCUGGGUCCCGAGAGCCUGCCGUCCAUCUGCUUCUACACCUUCCUCAACUCGUACCGGGGCGUGACGGUGGCUGAGGUGUCCGAGGACAGCACGUUGCUGGCCGCUGGCUUCGGCGACUCGUCCAUCCGCGUGUGGACCCUGACCCCGAACAAGCUGAAGGGGAUGAAGUCUGCGCACGAGCUCGAGACCAUCGACAAGGACGCCGAGGACGUCCUCUACCGUAUGAUGGACGAUCGCAGCGGCGUAGACGUGCGCAUCCUGCUAGGACACAGCGGACCCGUGACGUCGGUGAGCUUCAGCCCGGACCAUACGUACCUGCUGUCCUCGUCGGAGGACGCCACCAUUCGACUGUGGAGCCUGUUGACGUGGACUAACGUGGUCUGCUAUAGGGGCCACUGCUUCCCCAUCUGGGAUGUGAGGUUCAGCCCGCACGGCUUCUACUUUGCCUCGUGCGGCCACGACCGGACGGCGCGCCUCUGGUCCACGGACUCCUACCAGCCGCUGCGAGUUUUCACAGGGCACGUGUCCGACGUGGACUGCAUCCAGUUCCACCACAACAGCAACUACGUUGCAACAGGCUCCAGUGACCGGACGGUGAGAUUGUGGGACGUGCUGACCGGCAGUUGCGUGCGCUACAUGACCGGGCACAAGGGGCGCAUCUACUGCCUUCAGUUCAGCAAUGACGGCCGGUUUCUUGCAUCCGGGGGUGCCGACUGCAAGAUUCUCAUGUGGGACAUUGCUCAUGGCCACCUGCUCGCCGAGCUGUCCGGCCACACGGACACAAUCUACUGCCUCUGCUUCAGUCGGGACACGGCAAUUCUCGCCUCUGGGGGCAUCGACAACUGCAUCAAGCUGUGGGACUUUGCGCGGCUAAUAGAUGAGAUAGAUCUCGAAGAUCUCAACAUUUCCCAUGCGCCAACGGUGCGGACAAACUGUGAUGGGCUGCUCUUAGGCUCGUAUCCGACCAAGGCGACGUCCAUCUUGGCCCUGCAUUUCACGAGGAGAAACCUCUUGCUAGCGGCCGGCAUGUACCAGAGUGGUUCCUGAAAUUGGGAGGGCAUAUUUUUUUAAAAUCUGAUGUGUUGUCACUUUAGUGCAUUGGGCAUAUUUGCAAGCAACUCAUCUGUCGCAAUCUUAUACAUAUGUAUAUAAGCUCAUGUAUCAUCACUUUCUAGGGAAAAUAAAUGUAUAUGGCUGUAUCUAAAGCUCUACCAAGCACAUCAUCUCUGUUUUUCUUGUUUUUUAUAUAAACUGCAGCCAUGGGGAACUAACUGCACUAACUUAAUGUUUUGCUACGAAUUUUGGGAUGGAGUCAAAGACCCGCUAUUUUGGAGGAGUGGUACACCACAAAAUGCGGGAUAUCUCUGCAUACAAUGAUCAUGCAAAUGUGUUCAUCUGUAUGGCAUGAAUGUGAAUAACGUUUUGCAUGUAAAUAAAGCUAAUCAUCUGAAAUAAAGUCAGUCACAAGCCCAC